AUCCGGUGAAGAAGGGGAAGAAGGGAAGAGGGCAAAGCUGGACCCAGCAACGGUAAACUUUCGGUGUAAAUGGUCUCCGGUAGAAGACAUGGCCCACCUUAUACCUUAUCCAUCUCUUUCGCAAGGAGUAGAACAAAAAAGGCAGAAAGGCGGGAUAGUGGAGAAAACAUUUUCGGUUAAAUUAUUAGAUCAUAGGAUUUUUUUUGCGUUAGUCAAUAAGUUUUUGAACAAGUCAAUCCGUGGACCUCCGGCUAGAAUGUUGGUGGUAGAACGGCAGAAUCAAGCAAGACCCAGCGCAAACGUGCAGCAGGGGCUAACAUUGUUGGCACCGAUGUAUUUGUUUGCGUGUGUGAAUGUGUGCGUGUGUGUUUGUUUGUGUUUGUGUUGCUCCCCAUUAGGACACGCCAUGCUCGGAGGGUAGCAGCGAACCGUAGUGCUAGACAGGAAGUACAUAGUAUUUGAACACCGGUAGCUUCGUUCGUUUAGCUAUCAGAAGAGAUAUUUUCAUACUCUAAGAAGGUCGCAUGAAGCUGCCCCAAAGGAAGGAGUACAGCCAGAAAAGGAGCAAUUUGGUCAGCUUUUAUGAUGUAUGAUGUUUUUUUUCCACUUGCAAGAUAUAAUGACGCGGCUACUGCUGCAGUGCUCUAGUGCUCCCAGCCUAUCUUCUGCUUCCUCGCCGUGCAUGGAAGAAUUUUAUGUGAUUAUGCGUGUUUCCAAUAGAACCAUUUCGAUGCCCCAAUAUACACGACAUUUGUAUUAGUGUGCGAAAGUAGUGAGUGAGUGUUUCUAAGUGUGGCUGUAUGUGCGUAUGCGCGUUCAGUUAGUAAAACGAGCGAGGGCUGCUGAGGUUUUGCUCGAUUUGUAUACAGCAGAAGAGUUAGAUCCGGCGUGCACAACACCAGCCAACAAAAAUGGCUUCUGCGUGGCGAUCGAGCGCUGCCGGAACAUUUACAACCUGCUCAACGGUGGCAAUCCAACCCGCGGUCACCUGAACUACAUAAAAAGAGCUGCCUGUACGCUACCGAACGUAGAGCGCAGUAUUUGCUGCCAGCCAGAAGAAGUAAACCAAUUGGUAACCACCACCACCACCACCACCACGACGGCUGCCCCUCCCGGCACAAUGCUUUCACUGAAUACCCCACCUAUCAAGAGCGUCCCUUUGGCCGCUGACGACACGGUGGUCAACUGGGACCUGUUCCAGAUGGACCUGUGUGGCCUCAGUACGUACGACCGGAUAGCGCAUGGGAAUAAGACACGUCCUUUCGAGUUUCCGUGGAUGGUGGUGCUGCGGUACCAAACAAGCAAUGGACUUGAAGACAAGUGUGGCGGUUCGCUGAUCAACAACCGUUACGUGCUGACCGCGGCCCAUUGCGUCAGGACUCCAAGCAGCUCCAAACUAGUUAAAGUGCGUUUGGGUGAACACGAUAAAACUGCACCCGAAGAUUGCAUCACGUAUCAAGACGGUGAGGUUGAAUGUGCUCCACCAGCUUAUGACGUCGACAUCGAGGAGAUGAUUAUUCCUAAAGAUUACAACCGUCCGAUUAGGUUCCGGCACGAUAUAGCACUGAUCAGGAUGGCUGAACAAAUUACGUACUCCGACUCGGUCAAACCGAUUUGCUUGCCGGUGGACGAAGGUGUGCAAAAACAGCUACCACCUAAGUACAUCAUCACCGGCUGGGGUACGACGGAGGAACAAGCCGUUUCCCAGCUGCUACUGCAAGCUUUCGUACACCAUGUAGCAAUACCCGAGUGCCAGCAGAAGAUGAACGAUAACUUCCUUGCCGUCACACUGGCAGACCCGUGGCAACUGUGUGCAAGAGGGGGAAAUUUGACCGACUCUUGCCAAGGUGACUCGGGGGGUCCGCUUGCGUUUACCGUGUCCAUUGGAGGGAGUGCGAAAAUGGUGCAAUUCGGAGUUGUUUCCGCCGGAGUUCGAUCUUGCGGCAAGGAAAGCGUGCCCGGAAUUUACACGAGCGUGCCCGCCUACAUGAAAUGGAUAGUGGCAAACAUGAGACCUUGAGGGAAGUCAACGAAUGACGAUCGAAUGAAUAUGACGUACUGACGAACGAUGAUAAGAAUAAAGAUAAGUAUUUUCAACUUAA